AUGGCUUCUCAGUUUCACCAGCUUCGAGUCCUAGUGUGGAAAAAUUGGCUUGGUGUCAAAAGGCAGCCGCUUUGGACACUCGUCUUGAUUUUAUGGCCAGUCAUUAUUUUUAUAAUUUUGGCCAUUACCCGGACAAAAUUUCCUCCAACAGCAAAACCAACUUGUUACCUCGCACCUCGAAACCUUCCUAGCACUGGAUUCUUCCCAUUCCUACAAACCUUGCUUUGUGACACAGACUCUAAAUGCAAAGACACACCAUAUGGGCCACUAGAUCUGCUUCGUAGGAAGGGGAUUGAUGAAACACUAUUUAAAAACAGUGAAAUUCUGAAAAAGUCAUCUGAUGUGGAGAAGGACAGCAAUUUAUCACCCCAGAGCACCCAAGUUCCAGAAGAAAGGCACACAUCACUGGCCACUGUAUUUCUCAGUUCAAGUUCUGAUUUGGGAAAUACUGGAACAGAAACUUUUAAUGGCAGUAAAGUACUUGCACGGAUCCUUGUUUUGGAAAAGCUUUUGAAGCAAAAUUCAACUUCAGAAGACAUACGACAAGAACUAUGUGAGACUUAUCCAGGAUAUACCACAGAUUAUGCCUUCUCUUGGAUCACUCUAGGAAAAAAUGUUUUUAACAAAUUUUGCCUUUCCAACAUGACUCUUUUAGAGACUUCUCUUCAGGAACUACAAGCACAGUUCUCUCAGAUUUCAAGUGAUCCCAAUAAUCAGAAGAUAGUGUUUCAAGAACUGGUCAAGGUUCUGUCAUUCUUCUCACAAGUGCAAGAGCAGAGAGCCGUGUGGCAGCUUCUCUCUAGUUUUCCAAAUGUGUUUCAGAAUGACACAUCAUUAAGCAAUAUAUUUGAUGUUCUUCGAAAGGCAAACAGGAUGCUGCUAGUGGUACAGAAGGUUUAUCCACAUGCUGAAUCUAAUGAAGGUUUCAGAAUCCUCCAAAAGUCUGUUAAACAUCUGCUGUAUACCCUGGACUCCUCAGCUCAAGGUGAUGCUGAUAAUAUAACACACGUGUGGAGUGAGGACGAUGGACAGACACUAUCUCCAAGCAGUUUGGCUGCACAGCUCCUGAUUCUGGAAAACUUUGAAGAAGCCAUCUUAAAUAUGUCAUUAAAUAGUCCUUAUUUUCCUUACUUGUCAUGUGUGAGAAAUGUGACUGACAAUUUGGCCAGGGGAUCACAAGAAAAUCUAAGACUUCUGCAGUCUACAAUUCAAUUUAAAAAAUCUUUUCUUCGAAAUGGUUCCUAUGAGGAUUACUUCCCUCCAGUUAUUGAAGUCCUGAAAUCAAAACUAUCUCAACUUCGAAACUUGACAGAACUUCUGUGUGAAUCAGAAACUUUCAAUUCAAUAGAGAAAUCAUGCCAGCUCUCUAAUAUGAGCUUUGGGAAUCUGUGUGAAGACAGUGUGUUUCAUGUGCAACUUCUCGAAGCAGCAGAGCUGGGCACUGAAAUAGCAACCAGCUUACUGUACCAUGACAACAUCAUAUCUGAGAAACUGAGAGAUUUGCUGACUGGGGAUCCAAGCAAAAUUAAUUUAAAUAUGGAUCGGCUCUUGGAACAGGCAUUGCAAAUGAAUUACUUGGAAAAUAUCACGCAGUUAAUACCGACCAUAGAGGCCAUGCUGCAUGUCAAUAACAGUACAGAUGCUUCUGAACAACCAGGUCAGUUAAUAGACAUGUUUAAAAAUGUGGAAAAGCUGAAAGAAGAGGUGAGCAGGACCACAGGGAUAUCCAACACGAGUAUCGACAAGUUGCUAGCUAUUCCUAUUCCAGACAACAGAGCCGAGAUUAUUUCUCAGAUAUUCUGGUUGCAUUCUUGUGAUGCUAAUGUCACCAAUGCCAAACUGGAAGAUGUGAUGAAGGAAUUCUGCAGGUUGCCUCUUCCAGAGCGAUCCCACCAGUCUUACCUCAUUGGGCUCACUCUGUUACACUACUUGGACAUUUACAACUUCACGUACAAGGUGUUUUUCCCUAGGAAAGAUCAAAAGCCAGUAGAAAGGAUGAUAGAACUCUUCAUAAGGCUGAAAGAAAUUCUCAAUCAGAUGGCUUCCGGCGCACAUCCACUGCUAGACAAAAUGAAAUCCCUGAAACAAAUGCACCUGCCCAGAAGUGCUCCAUUAACACAGGCAAUGUACAGAAGUAACAGAAUGAACACACCCCAGGGAUCUUUUAGUACCAUCUCUCAAGCAUUGUGUUCCCAAGGGAUUACCACUGACUACUUAACUGCUAUGCUGCCCUCUUCCCAGAAGCCAAAAGGCAACCACACCAAGGAUUUUUUGACUUACAAAUUAAGUAAAGAGCAAAUUGCUGAAAAAUAUGGAAUUCCCUUAAAUGCCACACCAUUUUGUUUCUCGCUUUACAAAGACAUCAUUAACAUGGAUGCCGGCCCUGUGAUUUGGGCUUUCUUGAAACCAAUGCUGCUGGGAAAGAUUUUAUAUGCACCAUAUAACCCAGUAACAGAGGCCAUAAUGGAAAAGUCCAAUGUAACUCUGAAGCAGCUGGCAGAAUUAAGAGAAAAAUCUCAAGAGUGGAUAGAUAAGUCGCCAUUUUUCAUGAAUUCCUUUUCCCUGUUAAACCAGGCAAUUCCAAUGCUCCAGAAUACUCUAAGGAACCCCUUUGUGCAAGUGUUUGUAAAAUUCUCGGUGGGACUUGAUGCUGUUCAACUAUUGAAACAGAUAGAUGACCUUGACAUUCUCAGGCUUACAUUGGAGAACAACAUUGACAUCAUUGAUCAGCUUAACACACUCUCUUCCCUGACAGUAAAUAUUUCCUCUUGUGUAUUAUACGACCGAAUUCAGGCAGCAGAAACCAUAGAUGAAAUGGAGAGAGAAGCUCAAAGGCUCUAUAAAAACAAUGAACUCUUUGGAAGUGUUAUUUUUAAGCUUCCUUCUAACAGAAGCUGGCACAGAGGCUAUGACUCUGAAAAUGUCUUUCUUCCUCCUGUCAUAAAAUAUACCAUCCGUAUGAGUUUGAAGACUGCCCAGACCACAAGAAGCAUAAGAGCCAAGAUUUGGGCCCCAGGGCCACACAAUUCUCCAUCAAACAACCAGAUCUAUGGCAGAGCUUUCAUUUAUUUACAAGAUAGUAUUGAAAGAGCAAUCAUUGAAUUGCAAACAGGAAGGAACUCACAGGAAAUAGCCGUCCAGGUUCAAGCAAUUCCUUAUCCCUGCUUCAUGAAAGAUAACUUUCUCACCAGUGUCUCUUAUUCCCUUCCAAUUGUGCUCAUGGUUGCCUGGGUUGUAUUUAUAGCUGCCUUUGUUAAAAAGCUUGUUUAUGAGAAAGACCUCCGGCUUCAUGAGUACAUGAAGAUGAUGGGUGUGAACUCCUGCAGCCAUUUUUUUGCCUGGCUUAUCGAGAGUGUUGGAUUUUUACUAGUUACCAUUGCAAUCCUCAUCAUUAUACUCAAGUUUGGUAAUAUUCUUCCUAAAACAAAUGGGAUCAUUUUGUUCCUGUAUUUUUCGGAUUACAGUUUUUCAGUUCUUGCCAUGAGCUAUCUUAUCAGUGUCUUCUUCAACAACACCAACAUUGCAGCUCUGAUCGGAAGCCUCAUCUAUGUCAUUGCCUUUUUUCCAUUUAUUGUUAUGGUUACGAUUGAGGAUGAGUUGAGCUAUGUAGUGAAAGUAUUCAUGAGUCUGCUGUCCCCAACAGCAUUCAGCUAUGCAAGCCAAUAUAUUGCACGCUAUGAAGAACAAGGCAUUGGUCUUCAGUGGGAAAAUAUGUACAGUUCCCCAGUCCGGGAUGAUACUACCUCAUUUGGCUGGCUGUGCUGUCUAAUCCUAGCUGAUUCUUUCAUUUAUUUCCUUAUUGCUUGGUAUGUCAGGAAUGUUUUCCCAGGAACAUACGGUGUAGCAGCUCCGUGGUAUUUUCCAAUCCUUCCUUCAUAUUGGAAGGAGCGAUUUGGAUGUGCAGAGGUGAAGCCUGAGAAAAGCAAUGGUCUUAUGUUUACCAAUAUCAUGAUGCAGAACACCAACCCAUCUGCCAGUAAGACAAGUCCUGGAUACAUGUUUUCCUCCAACAUUGAGCCUGAACCUAAAGAUCUCCCAGUGGGAGUUGCCCUGCAUGGGGUCACAAAGAUCUAUGGUUCAAAAGUUGCUGUUGAUAACCUCAAUCUGAACUUUUAUGAAGGGCAUAUUACUUCAUUGCUGGGGCCCAAUGGAGCUGGUAAAACUACUACCAUAUCCAUGCUGACUGGGCUUUUUGGUGCCUCAGCAGGUACCAUUUUUGUGUAUGGAAAAGAUACUAAAACAGACCUGAAUACUGUUCGGAAGAACAUGGGGGUUUGUAUGCAGCAUGAUGUCUUGUUCAGUUACCUCACUACCAAAGAGCACCUUCUCUUAUAUGGCUCUAUCAAAGUUCCUCACUGGACUAAAAAGCAGCUCCAUGAGGAGGUAAAAAGGACUUUGAAAGAUACUGGACUGUAUAGCCAUCGUCAUAAGAGAGUCGGAACAUUGUCAGGAGGAAUGAAGAGGAAGUUAUCUAUAUCCAUUGCUCUCAUUGGUGGAUCAAGGGUAGUAAUUUUGGACGAACCAUCCACUGGAGUUGACCCAUGUUCUCGUCGAAG